CAGCUCAACAUGACGCGACACAUAAAAGUGAAUUCGCCGCUUUCUGACGAUAAUAUCUCACCUUACUGCAAGAACGGUGCGCAGACGCUAUCAGAAUUUAGCCGAAAAGCACGCACGAACAAUGUUUAACGUCAAAUUGUACAAUAAAGCAACUGUUAUACCGAAGAACAUUACAAUGAAGUAUCUAGAAAAAUAUAAGAAUAUAAUGAAUUGGAAAAAGGACUCAAUGAUCCUAGACAUUGGCUGUGGCGAUGGGAGUUUGACAUCAAAAAUGUUCAAAGAAAUUAUUCCUACUUGCAAGACCAUGACAGGCUGUGACAUAAAUGAAGAUAUGAUACGGUUCGCAAAUGAACACUACGCUUCGGAACGUCUUAAUUUCACUACCCUUAACAUAGAGGGCAAACUGCCCGAUCAGCUAAGGGAACGUUUCCACCAUGCCAUUUCCUCUUUUGCUUUACACUGGUGUCCUCGACAAGAGAAUGCGUUCCAGAAUAUAUACGAUAUUCUUAGGGACCAAGGAAGUUGUUUCGCGGUUAUCGUAGAAAAAACAUCAUUAUACGAUGCAUACAGGGCCCUUGCUAAAGCCGGAAAAUGGAAGACAUGGGUAACUGACGUUGACAGAUAUAUAUCUCCAUACCAUGACAGUCAGGAUUCCCUUAAGGAAAUUCAACAAUUGUUAGGAAAAAUUGGAUUUACUAUAAAAAAAUUAGAACACGAGAUAAUAUUUCACAACUACGGAAAUCAAGAGAAUUUAAAAGAUGGAAUAAUGUCUCUGGUGCCUUUCAAAAUCCCGGAUCAGUUAAAUGAAGAUUUUUUUAUAGAUUUGAGCCAAGAAAUGCAUUUAAUUGAUGCUAAAAAGUACAAUAAUAAAAAAUCUACUAAAGAUUUUGUCUAUAACUUACAAAUACUCGUUUUAUAUGUUGAAAAAAACUAAAUAUGUCUGGAUUCGUUUCCUUAGCAAUUGAAAUGUAACAUUGAAAUAUAAAAUACAAUUAUUGAAAUACACAAGCAUACCUCUUUC